AUGCACUUCCCGGUUCCCGCAUACAAAGAGGGGAAGCUGGCCCUAUCGCCUGACAUGGUGGCACUCAUUCUCCGGGCCAUCCUCGACUCGGACGCCCAGCCGGUGUAUAUCCAUUGCCUGAGUGGCAUUGAAGUUGUCGGCGCGGUCAUUAUCUGCUUGCGAAAGCUGGAAAAUCUCCCCCAAGGCUUUGCCCUGAGCGAGUUCCUCCGGUUCUCUGCCGGCAAGUCGGUGGAGCCGGAGUUUGCCGACCUCUUCAAGGCCUUCGACCCGUCGGUGGUCGCUGCCCCAGCAAAGUGCCAGGCGGAUGAUGCCCAGGGGUGA